AGCCUGGACGCUGUACAGCGUGACCCCCCUGUACCGCUUCCGCCGCGCCCGCCUCAGGGACUACGCGCGGCUGCUGGGCGCCUUCAUCGCCGCCGAGAAGCAGAAGGGGCUGGCGGUGGAGGUGGGCGUCGAGCUGGACAUCAAGGUGGCCCUGUCCAGCCUUGCCGACCUCAGGGGCAGCGAGCUGGACCAGGCUGCCCUCCUGGUGCAGCAUUGCAAUGCUUCUUCUCCCCAUCCCAGCUCUCUUCGAGGUCAAAAGCCUCCUCCAGGAGCUCUGAAGACAAACUGGUGUGGUCGGGCUGGUUCUGCUCCGUGUUUGGAGAUGACCUUUCCGAGAACGUGCCGGAGCAAUUCACCUGCCUGCCCCUGUUCCUGACGCACGGGGCCGAGAGCUACACGUCCUUGGUUGGCAGCUGGUUCCAGAAGACUUUCGACUGCUGCUUCCGCCGCCUGGCCAUCAGCCCCCUGAACCUCAGCUGGAUGGUGGCCAUGUGGGCUGGCUGCAAGCUGGACAGAGCUGCCUCUGCCGUGGAACUCAUCUUCUCCGUGCCCCGCCUGUCGCAGCCCCUGGAUAUUUCAUACGCCAUCCACCCAGAGGAUGCCAAAGCUCUGUGGGACACGGUGCAAAAAACGCCCGGAGAGAUCACCCAAGAGGAGGUGGAUGUCUUCAUGGACUGCCUUUAUGCCCACUUCCACAGGCACUUCAAGAUCCACUUGUCAGCUGCAAAGCUGGUGAAGGUUUCCACAGCGAUUGCCUCAGCACACUGUGAUGGGAUUGUGAAGAUUCUACACAGCCAAUACCUGCCUGGAGUGCUGAUGCUACUGACUGAACUUGCAAUCUCUCAGAUACAGUGAGAGCCAUUUCAGUAGCUCUUCAUACUAAAAAGGCUUUCUGUUUGGACAGUCUGUGCUGAGAAACCUCCAGGAAACUCACUCCUGCAGCAUCUUCUUUCCUCUCACUCUGGCUGUCCAAAGUCAGACUGUAACUCCAGCACUUGGCUGUGUAAUUCCAUGCAUAGCAAAUUCAAGCAGACAUUUGGCCCUGAAGAAGGGCUGCAAUGCAAACUUGUGACAGCUUCCUGAGCAGCUUUGUUUUCUCAGAGUCACUUAUUUCAUUUACGUGCAGGUAUCAGCUCAGAGACAAACAGUGCAACGUACUGGCAGGUAUUUCUGUUGUUUCAAAGUUGGUUUUCAAUGGACAGCCUAAGCUACGCAGACCUUGGCCUUGGCUAAACUGUGCCUACUCUUGGGCUAGCCUAAAUGCAAAGUUCAGCACACCUGAGAAAGGGUGCAUGCUCUAUAAUCCAGGGCAAAAACAAUCCACGUUUCUAACUCCCUUUUUAGCUUGUUAAGGGUACUUGGUAAUGGUGAUACUGUUCAUUUAUGUUCCAGUUGGACACGAGGCAUUUGUCAGCCUGUUGGUUCUCCCAGGCAAGUUGAUAGAUAGGAAAGUGAGGUGUGGAUAAGCGUGAUAGUUACUAGGCUUUGUCCUGAUGUUCAUAAUCUUGGAUGUAAUCCUGUAGGCCAGAGAGCUCUCAGGGCUGGAGCUGUGUGCUAGAAUUUGAUGUUGGAUCCAUCCCUUCUGGAGCAGGUCAGAGCUCAGAGGGACAUUUAAGGAACAGAAGAUAGCACCUGCUAAGACAUUUUUGUAAUACAGUACUAAAUAAAGAAAAUAUUUUCCAUCUUUUGUCUUAA